GUACUUAAAACGCUGUCAUAGCAAAAGUAUCCGUUUGCUAACGGUUAACGAUGCAAAGAGAUUUUUUUAAAACGUACUUACUUACCUAGUAGACGAAAAUAUAUUUUUUUCAGAUGUUAUUAUAAACCUUUCAGUAUUAAUUAACAUUCGUACAGUUAUCUGGCUUGUGUACAUGAAAGAUGAAACCUGGCGAAGAGAGUUAGCUAGAAGUCAUAAAAAGCUACUAUCUGUGUUUUCUGACGAACAAGUCUUUGCUAACAAUAAUCUGUUGAAGGGAUUUUCGCCGAAAUGAUCCUCUCACGCACGAAGCCAGCUGUGGGAGGAGAGAUACCAGUGAGCAUCAGUGAGAAAAAGAAGAAAAACAAAUCGAAGGUUCCCAGUUUGGAAGAAUACCUCCAGCAGAGAGACUACCUCGGAGCCUUGACUUUGCUAGAGUUUCAGAGAAGUAUAGGAGAGAAAGAGGAGCAUGCAGACCUCUGGAUUGGCUACUGUGCCUUUCACUUGGGUGACUACAAGAGAGCAAUGGAGGAGUACAAAUCUCUGACCAUGAAACCCGAAUGUCCGGCUGAAGUGUGGGUCUAUCUGGCCUGUGCGCUGUUUUUUCUGGGGCUGUAUAAAGAAGCUGAGGAGGCUGCAUCGAAGGCACCGAGAUCCCCCCUCCAAAACCGGCUGUUAUUUCAUUUGGCUCACAAGUUUAACGAUGAGAAGAAACUCAUGGGUUUCCACCAGAACCUAGAGGACGUGACAGAGGACCAACUGAGCCUGGCAUCCAUUCACUACAUGCGUUCACACUACCAGGAGGCUAUAGAAAUCUAUAAACGCCUCCUACUGGAGCAAAGAGAUUUCCUGGCUCUGAAAGUGUAUGUGGCUCUGUGUUACUACAAGCUGGACUACUACGAUGUGUCCCAGGAGGUGCUAGCCGUGUACCUGCAGAGCGUGCCUAACUCAACUAUUGCUCUCAACCUCAAGGCUUGCAACCACUUCAGGCUUUUCAAUGGCAAAGUAGCUGAGGCGGAGUUAAAGAACCUAAUCGACAUCUCCUCCUGCUCCUUUGAGUUUGCAAAGGAGCUUAUCCGACAUAACCUGGUGGUUUUUCGUGGUGGGGAAGGGGCUUUGCAGGUCCUGCCUCCUCUGCUUGAUGUGAUCCCUGAGGCUAGACUCAACCUGGUCAUCUACUAUCUACGACAAGAUGACAUCCAAGAAGCUUACAACCUCAUCCAAGAUUUGGCUCCCACCUCCCCUCAGGAGUACAUCUUGAAAGGAGUAGUAAAUGCUGCACUUGGACAAGAAAUUGGAUCGAGGGAUCACUUAAAAAUUGCUCAGCAGUUCUUUCAGCUGGUCGGAGGCUCAGCAAGUGAAUGCGAUACGAUUCCUGGCAGACAGUGCAUGGCAUCCUGCUUCUUCCUCUUGAGACAGUUUGAAGACGUUCUCAUAUAUCUUAACUCAGUGAAGGGGUACUUUUAUAAUGAUGAUACAUUCAACUUCAACUAUGCUCAGGCUAAAGCUGCGCUCGGCAACUACAAAGAAGCAGAAGAGGUUUUUCUGCUUAUUCAGAGCGAAAAGAUCAAGAACGACUAUGUUUACCUCAGCUGGCUGGCACGAUGCUACAUAAUGAACCAGAAGGGUCAGCUUGCCUGGGAGCUCUACCUGAAGAUGGGCACUUCCUCAGAUUCCUUCAGUCUGCUGCAGCUUAUAGCCAACGAUUGCUACAAGAUGGGCCAGUUCUAUUAUGCAGCCAAAGCAUUUGAUGCACUGGAGAAACUGGACCCUGGCUCCAAUUACUGGGAGGGCAAAAGAGGGGCAUGUGUCGGCGUCUUUCAGCUCAUACUGGCAAACAAGGAGUCCAGGGAGACACUCAAAGAGGUUUUGGCCCUGCUACGAAAUUCAGGAAACCCGCAGGUUGAAUACAUCAUCCGAACUCUGAAGAAGUGGGCCAAAGAUAACAGAGUCCUCCUCUCGUGAAAACCUUCUGCACUGAACUUAUGCUCAUUGUGUUGUGAAAGAAUUGUGUGUGAUAUCUACACUACAAGUAGAAAUGUAGCCAUAUAUGUUAUAUUAGAGCUAUUUGUACCAAAAACAUCUAU